CAGCUAAUGUCUCAGCACUCAAACAGCAUAUAGGACAGGAGGGGAACCACCUCACAGAAGAACAUAAGGAGGAAACAGAAGGAUGACUAAGAAGAGGAUAGCUGACUCUGUUCAUGGAGGCCCACAAAAACUUCUGUGUUUCCUGUGUGGACAUACUUACUGGACUGAGCCAGGCUUAGAGACACUUGCGGCCAAUUAAUGUGUGCACUGUGAGAGGGAAGGAGCUGUGUAGUCUUAAACAUUCAAACUUAGAUUCACAGAGUCAGACAUGCCCUCUUCUCCUAGGCUCCUUUUUCUUAUGCAUGAGGUUUCCUGCGUGUCAGCGUGGAACACGGUGGGCUGCAGUGGCUCAGCUCCCAAGUGUGCCACAGUAUUCUGUGAGACAAGAGCUUAAGGAGCAGAGAACUGGGGAAACGAAAGACGGAGGACACAGAGACAGAUUGAGAGAGAUUGUGUCAGAACUGGAGGAGAAUCACACAUUUUUUUGGGGUGUUUGGCUGGAGAGAAUGAAGGCUCUUCAGAAGAAUCAGGGACGCACUGACCAGAUGUUAGGAGCCAUGGCUGAUGUACUUUGUUCUGUGGCCAUGCCAAAUCAACAGUGGCUCUCAGAGGGGGGUGAAGCGGACCUCCCAUCGAGCGAAGAUGAAAAGGGGUCUGUCCAGGGCCAGUGGGAGCCAGAGGGGCUGGAGUGGGAACAGCAGGCCACCACCACAGAAAAUCCAGAGAGGAGAAAAAAAACAGACUCGUACUCGGCAGCAGGCAGUGAGGGCAGCAUUUCCACCUCUGUGGCAUCCCUGCCUCCACAGGCAUCAGGCAGCUCGGUGCCCAGCUCCCCGGGCUCCAGACGCUCUGUGAGCACCCUGAAGAAAUGGCUCACAAAUCCUGUCCGCAAACUCAGUGCUGGCGCCACUGCCAAAGGAGAGCGUCAGGUCCGCAAACUUGAAGGAAAAUCUCCAUCUUUUCCAUCCCACAGCCACAGCCAGGAUCUGGGCACCCCUCCAAAGACAGAUGAGACUCUCACCAUCCUGCCUGUCACCCACAGAGAACUGGAGUGGAAAGAUGGCCUGGCAAGCCCUGAGGACCUGUCACCAGCUACACUACAGUCCCCUAGCUACAUAACUGACUCACUUAUUGGCUGUACAUCGUUGCCAAACACCCAGGACACUCAGUCCACCAGUGUUUUACCAGAUGACAGCGCCUCCGUGUUGAUGGAUGACACCUGCAGCCAGUGGUCAGCUGUGGCCGACACUGAGGAGGAGAGGAGAAAUGCUUUGGAGAAAAGCAUGCAUGUGCUGAAGGAGCUUAUUGAGACGGAGAAGCACUAUGUGGGAGAUCUGGGGCUUAUAGUGGAGGGUUACAUGUCCACAAUGAGCUCUAAAGGUGUCCCCGAGGACAUGAAGGGAAAAGACAAGAUUGUUUUUGGGAACAUUCAUCAAAUAUUCGACUGGCAUAAAGACUACUUCCUGGGAGAGCUGGAGAAGUGUUUGAUGGAGCCAGAGAGGCUGGCUCAGCUCUUCAUUAAACAUGAGAGGCGUCUCCACAUGUAUGUCGUGUACUGUCAGAACAAGCCCAAGUCGGAGCACAUUGUCUCAGAGUACAUUGAGACUUACUUUGAGGAGUUGCGUCUGCAGCUGGGCCACAGGCUGCAGCUCAAUGAUCUGCUCAUCAAACCAGUCCAGAGGAUCAUGAAGUACCAGCUGCUGCUCAAGGACUUCCUCAAGUAUUAUACCAAAGCUGGGAUGGACACGGAGGAGCUGGAGAAAGCGGUCGAGGUGAUGUGCUUUGUGCCAAAGCGUUGCAAUGACAUGAUGAAUGUGGGCAGACUACAGGGCUUUGAGGGAAAAAUCACAGCCCUGGGCAAACUGCUCCAGCAAGACACCUUCACUGUUACCGAGCAAGACAGUGGCUUCCUGUCGCGGCCCAAGGAAAGACGGGUCUUCCUGUUUGAGCAGCUGGUCAUCUUCAGUGAGCCAAUCGACCGGAAGAAAGGUUUCUCACUCCCUGGAUACGUCUUCAAAAACAGCGUCAAGGUGAGCUGCCUAGGAGCCGAGCCCAGUGUGGACGGCGAUGACGCUCGCUUUGUGUUGACGUCACGCAACCCUGAUGGGAGCGUGGUGUGCUUCCAGCUGCUAGCGUCCUCCCCUGAGAUCUGCAGGGCCUGGGUCAAUGAUGUGGUGCAGAUCUUGGAAAGCCAGCGCAACUUUCUCAAUGCCUUACAGUCACCUAUUGAGUACCAGCGGCGAGAGAGCAAGUCUAAUAGCCUUGGCCGCAGCAUGAGGCCUCCUCUGUCUGCUGCUAAUGCCCUGCGGCCCCACUCCUCUGCCUCUAUUGACCGCCACAAGCUGCCGUCGCUUCACUCUCACAACACCUCCUUGCCCGCCCUCUACCUGCCCAGCCACGGCCACGGCCAGGGCCAAGGACCCAAUGAAAUAUACUCCGUGCGAGAUUCCAAUGUGGUACAGCCGUGCCCCGCCGAUUCCCACACUGUUUCUCUGUCGCAUGUCCAACUGGGCUUCACUGAUCAGCCACACUGUCAAGCUGUGUCAAAUGGGCUGUACACACCCAGCACACAAACUGCACAGCGAGCAGGAGAAGCCUGCCGACAAGGUCCGCUUGUUGACGCUGGGAGCCAGGUUCUACUGUCGGGUUUCUCAGCUGGACGACGCCCCAGCAAUCUGGCUCAGCUAGCUGAGGAUGACCUAUGAACUCUCACACAGUCUGUCUCCUGGGGCAGGAGCAGCUAAAGCUACAGCUGUGUAGACAAGAAACCGCGUCUACUGUCGGUUUAUGCCAGGCUGGUCCCUUACCUGGUUAUGACAAAGGAACCUGACGGAUCAUAUGAAGGAAUCAUGAGCUGCAUCUAUUAAAAACGGCUUUGCUCCUGUUUUUAGUGAGCCACUUUAAGGGAGGUAUUUAGCCUUGGCCACCUUCAGUGUACAUAAAUAGCAACCAGUGAGUUGUUACUCAGCUCAGAAUGAAAACACUCAGUAGACGUACAGUGUUAGGAAAAUUUCUGCUUUUUACCUUUUGAAGAGUUUGCAUAAUUCCAACCAUCUCUCUUUCAAAGGGCAGGGGGAAUUUUCUUGAUGAAGAGAUAUCCAUUCCUCAUUGGGGCGGUCACUGGAGUUGCGUGUGCUUGAAUGUAUGUCGAUGCAAAGAUGUGUGAAUGUGUGUGCGUGAGUGUGCAAGAAGUUGCUGGUGGCUCUUCUUGUAAUCCCUGGUAAAUUCUCUCCAUUAUUAUUAUUAUUAUUAUUAUUUUCUUUCCUCCCAGUGCCCCGUGUGAGGACAAGCACAGCUACAUACCUACACUUUGUCAUUCCCCUGCUGACAACUGAGUUUGCUGUUUAUGUUGACAAGAAUGGGAAAGAUAGAAAACUUCAUGUGAAAGUGCUACAAGGAAUUUACUCACUCAAAUUUCACCUGUAAGUGAAGGAACUUGUUGGGAGCUCCUUUGCUCUCUUAUGCUGUUUGACUUGGCCUCUUUUGAUGUGGAGGGAAAAGGCGCGAGGGAGCCCUCUGGAGGUUCUCUGCGGGUAUGACGUCACUUCAGAAUACUUCUUACUCCAAGGGCAACUCGCGAGAGAGGUGCUUUCAAAGGGAUUGCUGUGCUGACCCAAAGUGCGUCAAGAAGCAUCUCCUUGUUGUGACGAACUGACACAACGCUACUUUACUUAGAUGCUUCUUCCCAGGCCAGAGUAGAUUUGGGGACAAAUCUGAUUGAACUCGUAUUGAUUGUUUUAUUUGUCCACUGUUGUCAUGUCAAGGCUGUGCACCGAUUCCUAUAACCUCUGUUAACUGUUGCUCUCAUGGGUUAAAUACUGUGCGUAUUCCAUGUAUGUCCACGUGUAAGGUGAAGAAUGACUUAACGUAUGCCAAGAAAUGUGAUCGUUCAUGUUGGUUGAAAUGAAGGAUAGUGUGUUGCUGGAUAAACAGAAUGAUGCUGACAUAUCAACUUGCAUGCACCCUCAGCCACAGACAACAGUGCCAAAAACAAACACAGCUCACGGCUAAACUUUUCUAGUUCACAUUUGCCACAAAAUACAAAACAUAGCAAAAAAAAGAAAAAAAACAUGUGCAGAUGCCUGUGCUAUUGUCAGGAUCAAGUGACAAAAAGAGGAGCAAGAGGAGUAUAUCCUUGUCAAUACCAGGUCAGUUCUUUUCUGUGGCCAGCAGAGGUCCCCACCAGGCUUUCACUUCCAGUUUAGUUGGAUCAUACAGCUGCACCAAAGAUCAGUAGGCCUCGUAUUUCAGUGAUAGCGUCCGAGCCGCUUAGUAAUGUCAUAAAACUAACAAUUUAUUUCUCAGUGUAAACUGAGUGGUGAGGCAGACCAUCUCACACACUCCGUAGCAUCAGUCGGCAGUUAAUGUGAACAAAUAUGUUCUAAUGGGAAUUACUGAUCAGGCAGCUUUGCAUGUAACACAAAGGAAUACCACUACAGAGACGCAGAAGUUAAGUGAAGACAAAAACAAACCAAGGGAGGGUUGGUCAAUGUUGUGUUUGACUGAGUAGAAAUUGUUGUAUCAUAUCAAAUAAAAAGUGUCUUUUUUU